AUGACUCCUCAGAACAUUGGCAUCAAAGCUAUUGAGCUUUACUUUCCUAGUCGAUAUGUAGCUCAAUCGGAUCUGGAAGAGUUCCUCGGUGCUAGCACCGGCAAAUACACAAUCGGACUAGGCCAGACGAAAAUGAGCUUCUGUGACGAUCGCGAGGAUGUAUACUCCCUCGCCCUAACAGCCGUCUCCUCCCUCCUCCACAAAUACAACAUCUCCCGGGACUCAAUCGGCCGCCUAGAAGUCGGCACAGAGUCCAUGCUCGACAAAGCCAAAUCCUGCAAAUCCGUACUAAUGCAACUCUUCGGCUUUAACACCGACAUAGAAGGCGCAGAUACUUACAACGCCUGUUAUGGGGGAACAAGCGCGCUCCUCAACGCCGUGAACUGGAUUGAAUCUUCUGCCUGGGAUGGACGAAAUGCGAUUGUCGUUGCCUCGGAUAUUGCACUGUACAAAACUGUCUCGGCGAGACCGACUGGUGGUGCGGGUUGCGUGGCGAUGCUCAUCGGGCCCGAUGCACCGUUGGUCUUGGAGCCGUUGCGUGCGUCGUAUAUGCAGCAUACAUAUGACUUUUAUAAACCGGAUCUCAAGUCUGAGUAUCCGAUUGUGGAUGGGCAUUAUUCUUCGAGAUGUUAUUUGCAGGCACUUGAUGGGUGUUAUCGGCGGUAUCGUGAGAAGCAGGUUGUUCGUAAGGUGAAUGGGAUGGUGAACGGGUAUAUGAACGGACAUUCUUCGAUGACGGGCCCAUCUACGGUUCCCCUGGACGAGUUUGACCAUUUUGUCUUUCAUGCGCCUAACUGCAAGCUCGUUUCCAAGUCCUAUGCACGGCUGCUGUAUAAUGACUUCAUGGCGAACCCGCAGAACGAACUGUUCAGCUCUGAUAUUGUGCCUGCGUCCGUCCAACAGCAAACCUACGAGGAAUCUUUGAGUGACAAGACAUUACAGAAACUCUUCAUAGGACUGUCGAAAGAAAGAUUCGCAAAACGUGUCCAGCAAAGCCUCACAGCGCCGACUAUGUGCGGGAAUAUGUACACUGCGGGCGUGUACUCGGGUCUUGUCAGUCUACUCAGCAACGUUCCGAAUGCAGAACUACUCGGCAGACGUGUGGGAGUGUACAGCUUUGGCAGUGGUCUGGCCAGUACGCUUUUCAGUCUACGCGUUGUAGGCGACGUGAGCGAUAUCGCAUCCAAGAUCGACCUGCACGCUCGCCUCGCAGCUCGCGAGCAAGUUUCGCCUGAAUUCUACGACGAGAUGUGUAAACUGCGCGAGCAGGCAUAUCAACAAAAGAGCCAUAGACCCGUUGGCAGCGUCGACGCUCUGGCACCCGGGACAUACUAUCUUGUCGAAGUCGACGAGAUGUUCCGGCGGACGUACGCAGUUAAGGAGUAG